UUGGUCUUUGUCCAUGGCCUUAAUGGCCAUCCGGAGCGCACUUGGACUGAUCAAGAUACGCGAUUCUUCUGGCCUCGGGAUAUCCAUAGAGAGAUAGAUGGGAUCCGGGUCGUGACUUUUGGGUACCCAGCAGGGGUCGAGUGGUCAUUGUCAAGGAACCUUAUGGGAAUCCAUGACCACGCCGUUGAUCUUUUGACAUUGCUGCGAAAUGAGCGUGACUCGACAUCUUCUACAACGCCUCUUAUCUUUGUUUGCCAUAGCCUAGGUGGUCUCAUCGUUAAAGAGGCUCUAAUUUCGGCACAAAAUGACGAGAAUUUUGCAUCUAUCUAUAACUGCACAAGGGCACUCCUUUUCUUCGGGACCCCUCAUCGAGGAGCU